AUGGCAGAUACCUUUGUGAUCACAGGAUCACGGCCCCCUUCAGCAAGGACAAGGUCACGACAGAGUCAUGUGAGUUACAGCAGACCAAAAAGUGGAUAUCGUAAAGUGGCAGAAUCUUCAGAUGCAGAUGAACUCUUGUUUGGCUCAGAAAAUUACUCAUCACAAAGUCAUGUUCGUCCUGUGGAUCACUACCAACAUCCCACACAAAGUUCAUUCCAGCAUUCUUCACAGGGAUCAUCUGGUACUCUCUGGGCACAGCCAGUUCCUGUGAUAAAACAAAAGAAACAACAACCUCUCCUCUGGGCUCCUUCAAAUCCAGCAUCAGCAGGUUCUCAUUCCAGUCGAGAGUCAAAUUUCGCUUUAAAAUCUUCUCACACAACACUGGAAUCAACGAAGUCUAAAUAUCGUCCAAUGAAACACACACCUACCUAUGUUGAUGAGACUUUAUUUGGACCACGUUUGGAGGAACCAUCAUUUGAUGCACCAUGGGAUGAAAAGAAGAACAAGCAACCAUUUUUAUUUUCCUCCACUGACUAUACAAAAAUGACGUAUGGUGGUCAGGGAGCAGAGAUUGAACCAUAUUCGGUUGACGGGAGACCUCCAUCCAGACAAGGUCGACGACCAGCCAGCACCAGAACAAGGCCUUGUACAGUGGAGAGUACGGGAGUUUCUAGCACAAAGACUGUCUGGAAACCCUAG